CUCCGAUCCGAUGGUUCAUCUGACUAUAUAUAUGGAUCUCCCAAAUUGAGUACAGUUUCAUGAGCUGAGCUGAGCUGACACCAAAGAAAUUGGGCUAGCCUAGCUAGCUAACUACUUGGCUGUUGCGGGGUACUGACCUUAAUUCCACCGGCGGAGACGGUGAUCCGAGCGGCCUGCUAUAUAUCGGCAGCGGGUGAAAAGGUGGAUCCGAGAAAGCAUGGGAAGCGGCCACUUCCACCGGCGGCGGCGGCGGCGGAAGAAGACGAUGAAAAUACGGGAGGAGGAGACGGUGAUCCUUAUCACUUAUUUGGUGGCCACAUGUCCUCAUCGUCUUCUACCUACUGCGGGUGGUCGGAAGAGGACACGUCAGCCAUGGUCUCCGCUCUCUCUCAAGUCAUCGCCGCCACCGACGACUCAGCUGCUGCGACACAACCCCGAUCAUCAUCGUACAGCUACAACUCUCCUCAGUUUGACCGGACUUCCAACACCGCACCUAUCGUAGCAGUACGGACCCAUCACCACCACCAGCAGCAGCAGCAGCAGCAGAAUCAAGCCCAACCAGAUCCUGCAGGAAAUACGAGGAAAAGGCACUACAGAGGGGUGAGACAAAGGCCAUGGGGGAAAUGGGCGGCCGAAAUACGGGACCCGAAGAAGGCGGCCAGGGUCUGGCUGGGUACGUUCGACACUGCCGAGGAUGCAGCUGCUGCAUAUGACAAGGCGGCUCUCAAGUUCAAAGGCACCAAGGCUAAGCUCAACUUCCCAGAACGAGUUCAAGGCCAAUCCUUCUCCACCUACGGUUCCAGCACCAGCGUUGUCUCAUCUGCACCUCCUCGUCCACCUGCUGCAGCACUCCCGCCGCCCCCGCCGCCUUCCACUCAGGUACCGCCACACGGCGGCUACCCUCACCUGCUUCAGUACGCCAACAUCCUUUCAAGCGACCGUGAAUCCGAUUUUCAGUACCACGCUUCAAACCUCUUCAUGAGUCAACAGCAGGAUCCGUUUGCUCAUCCUCCCCACUCGUCUUCCACGUUUUAUCAUGUCCACGAUUAUGCGAAUCAGCAGCAGCAUGGUCAUGAUUAUAAUAUGACGAGAUAUCACUCGCCUUCACAUCGUGAUUAUCAUCACCAGCAAGGUCAUGAUGGACAUGGGAAUGAUUCCACCACGUCCGACCAAUAGCUCAGUACGCAUGCAUAUAUAUGUGCAAGUGUAGCAUGCAGUAGCUCCUUGUUAGUGAUGGAGGAUUUUGAAUUUUGAUUCCUCUGUUUUCCCGUAUGUUUAUUUUGGCGGCUGCUUAAUUAUUAAUUAUGAAAAUGCUCGCAAAUGUAUGCCAUUUGGUGAAUUAAUUUGCGGGAGGUCCGAGACAUAAGAGGCCCGAGGGAGAAACGAGUGCAUGCAUGGGACUGGGAGAGUAGUAGCAACAUACCCACAUGCCGGAAUUUUCUGUAUUGUUACUCUGCGAAUAGGAAAAUAGAAAAAAUGACAAAGUAAAAAAAAAUAAUUAAGGAAAGAAUAUACACGACAACGAAUU